CAAUAGAUAUGAAGUAUGGUUGCCAGUCACGUGACACGAAGAAGAUAACAUGGCGGGCCUCGGCGAGGGGGAGGUGCGAGUUGUGGAAACUUUACGGGUUAAAAUCGGGGAAGGAAAGAACUUUGGUGCCAGCACAGGCCCAGUGGGGACCAGAGACACCUUCUGUACUGUCAGCCUGGACCAGGAAGAGGUGGUCAGAACAAAAACUGUGGAAAGGACACAGAGUGCCUUCUUUGGGGAGGAGUUCCAGUUUGAGGUUCCCAGACCGUUCCGUGUGUUGUCGUUCUACGUGUACGAAAAAGACCUGUUGAAAAGAGACAGUUGUCUAGGCAAGGCCUGCAUCAGGAAGGAGGAGCUACACAGAUACCAUGGCAAGGACCACUGGUUCUCUCUCACACAUGUGGACCAGGACUCAGAAGUACAGGGACAAGUCCACGUGGAAGUCAGGUUGACAGAGAUUAUGGAAGAUGCGGGAAAAACUGUCUUCAAAGUGUCUGCAAGAGUUUUAGAAUGCAGUGGCUUGGCUAUAAUCAAUGGCUGUUGUGAUCCCUAUGCAAAUGUUACAUUCUGCACACCAAAUAGAACAGAAAACAAGAAGACCAAAGUACGGAAGAAGACAACAGACCCUCACUUCGAUGAAACUUUUUAUUUUGAGCUUAACCGACCAAGUCCAAGUCCGGACAACAGAUUCAGCAUAGUGGACGAAGACAUAGACAAGACAGAACUCAGGGUUAGCCUUUGGCACUCCAGUAACUACUACAAGUUUGCAGACGUAUUCCUUGGUGAAGUUAAGAUUCCUUUAAGUACUUUGGACAUGACCAGGCCACAGAAGCUGCACAAGGCAUGGUACCUGCUUCAGCCUCGAGACAGCACCCGACCAAGUAAGCCGUGCCAGGGUUCUCUCCGACUCAACAUCAACUACACAGAGGACCACAUCUUCCCCUCCCACUACUAUGACUCUCUCUGCAACCUGCUGCUAAAAUCUCCUGAUGUAGAUCCCCUGUCGUCCAGUGCAGUGAACAUCUAUGGAGAAGUGAUGAAGGAUAAGUUGGAGGAAGCUGCCAGGCCGCUGGUCAGACUGUUCCUGCACCACGGCAGUCUGCUGCCACUCAUCUCGGCACUCGCCGACCGCGAAGUCGCUAAAAUGACGGAUCCCAACACUCUGUUCCGAGGGAACUCGCUGCUGACCAAGUGUGUGGAUGAAGUGAUGAAGCUUACAGGAAUGCACUACCUCCAUGUCACCAUCAAAAAACACAUUGACGAUAUUUGUGAAGACCACAAGCCAUGUGAAAUAGAUGCCACUAGAGUGAAGGAAGGAGAAAAUCUUCAGAUCAACUUGGAAAACUUGAGAGUGUACGUUGAGAGAAUGUUCAAGUCCAUCACAGAGUCUGCGCGGCUGUGUCCCACUAUCAUGUCAGAAGUCUUCUUCACAUUGAAGGAGUCUGCUAUUCGCCACUUCCCAGAUGUGAAUGACGUCAGAUACACGGCAGUCAGCGGGUUUGUGUUCCUGAGACUGUUUGCUCCUGCCAUCCUGGGGCCCAGGUUGUUCCAGCUACGGGAGGAACACCCAGACCCCACCACUGCCAGAACUCUGACACUGAUUUCCAAGACAAUCCAGAGCUUGGGAAACCUGGCCAACUCUUCUUCUGUGAGUCCAGGCCUGAAGGAAGCCUACAUGUCCAAUAUCUAUGAUUGCUUUGCUAAGAAGGAAUACUCAGAUGCAGUCAAAACAUUCCUGGAUGUGAUAUCCUCCACCGGCCGACCACACUCAAGAAGUAUCGACACACCUGUUGUCUUAAAGGAAAGCCUGAUGAUCAAAAGAGCACAGGGCAGGACGAGGUUUGGGCUGAAGAACUUCAAGAGAAGAUGGUUCUGUCUUACCAAUAAGGACCUGACGUAUGCCAAGUCAAAAGAGCUGGAGAGAAAUCUGGGCACAGCUUACCGCCUGAGGCGAACAGGCUGCACUAGAAUCCUGCUGGGGGAGCCACCUCUGUGUAAGAUACCUGUGGAAGACAUCCUUGCAGUGGAGGGUUUACAGGAAGAGUCCUUCAAGAUGAAAAAUAUGUUCCAAGUAGUGCAACCUCAGCGAGCCUUGUACAUCCAGGCCAACAACUGUGUAGAAGCCAAAGAAUGGAUUGACAUUUUGAACAAAGUGAGCCAGUGUAACAAAAAAAGGUUGAAGACCUACCACCCCGCUGCCUAUGUCAACUGUCACUGGUUAUGUUGCAAAGAAGGAAACGAAAAUGCAACAGGCUGCACUCCUGUUACUGGGGGUGUACCUGCAGAUAUCAAGUUGGACAUUGACUCAGACAGAGAAAUGGAGAGGAUACACUCAUUCUUUCUUACUCACAGGGACCGCUUGGAGAAACUGGAAGUGUACCUCUAUGACAUGUGUGGAGAAGAAGCAGUGUACAGUGGCACCCCUUCCACCCCCCGAACCACCACAUACGUCAUAGAGGACCCCAAAACAUGCUUCGAGACACUUAGAUGUAUUAUGGACUGUAUUAUCAAGCUGGAACAGGAACACAUCGAGUACUACAAGGCACUGGCCAAGAGCACCAAAUAUGGCAGCGAACAAAAACCAAUAGGAGGGGAUGGAGUGAAACCCAACGAACUGGAAGAUUCCAUGGAGGGGGAAGAGGGGGGCAGCAAUAUGUGAACAUCUACAUGUAUAUACAUUGUAACAGGCCCAGGAGAACAAAUAUAA